CAGAAAUUUGAAGAAAUGAAGAGGAGAAUCCAUUCGUUAGAGACGUGGUUUCAGACACAAGAUUCAGGAACUAGAGAAGAUGAACUGAGGAUUGUACUCCUCGGAAAAACUGGGGUUGGGAAGAGUUCAACUGGAAACACCAUCUUAGGAAGAGAAGCGUAUAUAUCAGACCUUUCUGGAAGUUCUGUUACUAAAGUGUGUCAGAAAGAGACAGAUGAAAUCAACAGCAGACACAUUACUGUGAUUGAUACUCCUGGACUUUUUGACACUGAACUCAGUAACGAAGAAAUUCAGAGAGAAAUCAGAAAUUGCAUCUCCAUGAUCCUGCCUGGACCACAUGUGUUUCUCUUAAUGAUUCCUCUGGGAAGAUUCACUCAAGAGGAAGAAAAAGCGGUAAAGAUCAUCCGAGACACGUUUGGAGAAAACUCAUUAAUGUACACCAUAGUGCUGUUUACCAACGGAGACCAACUGAAGAACAAAAGCAUCGAACAGUUCCUGGAAAACUCUGGGAUUGCUCUUAAAAACCUCAUUGCUGAGUGUGGAAACAGAUACCAUGUGUUCAAUAAUGAGAGCAAAGACCGGACACAGGUGAAUGAUCUACUGCAGAAGAUAGAUGAAAUGGUGAAAGCAAACGGAGGGAGUUACUACUCAUGCAAGAUGUUCAGAGAGAUGGAAAGAGAAAUACAAGAGAAACAAAAGAAGAUACUGACUGAGAAAGCGGAGAACCUGAACAGAGAAAAAGAAGAAUUGAUGAAGAAACAUAAAGAGUAGAAAAGAAAGUUGAAGACUAAGAUGGAGGAAGAGCAUAACAAAGAGAAAAAGAGAAG